GCCCAUCAUUCCAUUUUGUGACGGCAAGGCCCGUCAAUUUGACGUUACACAACACGACAAACUGUCAGACGCAUCAAAUAUAAUGUAAAAAAACAGCCACCAGGCAGGCAGAAAUUAAACCACCGUCCGGCCGCCGGCGUCCGCCGACUUCUUCACUUUUGCUUUUCUUAGCUGUCCACAGCUUAGGCUUAGCCGAGCGGAAUGAAGAAGAAGAAGAAGAAGAAGCUUCCUUCCACUUGACCAUUUCCGCGUCCAUUCCAUUGAUUGUGUCUUAGCUCCAAUGCUACCCAGUUGAGUUCUCCACCUGCAUAUAUAUCUCCUCCAUAACACUCCCCAUUUCUCACACACUCGCUUCCUCUUCUUCUUCUUCUUCUUCUUCACAUUUGCCCAACAGAGAAGAAAACAUAAACCACUCCAUACUCUGCUCAAAACUCACUAUGGCUCGCUUUUCUUCACUUUCCCUGCUUCUUGCCGUCGCCACAGUGCUUGUGGCUGCUUCAGCAGCUGCCAAUUUCUACCAGGACUUUGAUGUCACAUGGGGAGACGGCAGAGGCAAGAUCCUCAACAAUGGCGAUCUCCUCACUCUUUCCCUCGACAAGGCUUCCGGCUCGGGAUUUCAGUCCAAGAACGAGUAUCUGUUCGGCAAGAUUGAUAUGCAGCUCAAGCUCGUCCCUGGAAACUCUGCUGGAACUGUCACUGCAUACUAUUUAUCGUCGAAAGGAGCUAACUGGGAUGAAAUCGAUUUCGAGUUUUUGGGGAAUUUGAGCGGCGACCCGUACAUCCUCCACACUAACGUCUUCAGCCAGGGGAAAGGAAACAGAGAGCAGCAGUUUCAUUUGUGGUUCGACCCAACUGCCGAUUUCCACACCUACUCCAUCCUCUGGAACCCGCAGCGCAUCAUUUUCUCAGUCGACGGCACCCCAAUCAGGGAGUUCAAGAACAUGGAGAGCAACGGCAUUCCUUUCCCAAAGAACCAGCCGAUGAGAAUUUACUCCAGCCUGUGGAACGCCGACGACUGGGCUACGAGGGGCGGGCUCGUGAAGACGGAUUGGUCGAACGCUCCAUUCACAGCCUCCUAUCGCGGCUUCAAUGCCAAUGCCUGCGUGUGGACCAACGGCAAAUCUUCUUGCUCUGCAACAUCAUCGACUCCGGAUUCCUCUUCCGCCGAGUGGUUGUCGGAGGAGAUGGACACCACGGGCCAAGAAAGGAUGAAAUGGGCGCAGAAGAACUACAUGAUCUACAAUUACUGCGCUGAUAACAAGAGAUUUCCACAGGGGAUUCCCCAGGAAUGCAGCCUCUCUUGAUAAACUAGACUGUUGUAAAGCUGUAAUCUUUAGACAACCAUUCUUUUAAUUCUUUCCUUGUGUAAUCAUCCAUUUGCUUUGGAUCACAUGGUGGUAUCAAUGAUCUGUGUUUUUCUGGUGAAAAACAUUUGGAGAAAAAAAAAUAUUUCCGCUGCCGGAAUUUGAACCCGGAUUUCUAGGAUUGAAAUUGCCAAUGUGCUACAGCGGAUUUCGUUGAAGGAGUCACCUGUUUUUUUUUAUAUAAUCAGAUGAAUAUAGCUUACUACUCCUGUGGCGCCACACAGCAACUAACUUGUUGAAGGUGAUCUUCUGUUGCUGAACAACAAAACGUACACUAACAAAUCAUUGUAGAAAAAAGAAUAGGUUUAGAUAGAGAUUAACAAUGAACAGAUCAUUAUAAAGGUGUUUACAAUGCAUACAUGAACAAAUCUGAAUGAAAAAUCAACAUCACAACAAUGCAACUCAAAAUCGAUGUCCCAAAACGAACAAACAGGAAAAUCCUUCCUGGAAGCAGAAACCUUUACACCAUGAAAACUUAUGACUUGGAAUAGAAGCUACUUAACUUAAAACUUACAAAACAUUGCUAUCUUCAGACAUGUCAGCAAAGCUCCAGACCUUAUUUCCCAAUAAGACCAAUACAAAAUC